UGCUGUAUACAGCUGAUACAAGAUGGCGGCUUCUGUUGAAUUGUCAGUUUUACUUCGGGAUGGAAGCAAGAAACUGUUUACAAAACCAGCUGGACAAGGAGAUCCACCCGUUGAUAUCAAAACUUUACAACAAUCACUCUCAUCUUUACAAACAGAAACUAACUCAUACCUGACAGAAAUAGUUGAACAAGAAAAGGACUUUUUAAGUAAGGCAGCAAAUGGUCAAACAUCUACAAAGUCAACAGACAAUAAGGAAAGUGAUGAUGAUGAUGAUGAUGAUGAUGAUGAUGAUGAUGAUGAAGAAAAAGAUGGAGAAGAGCCAGCAGAGAAGAAACAGAAAACUUGAUAUUAUGUUCAGACUGUGUUCCUGUGUAAAUAUUCCAAGGAUGUAAUAAGUUCCAGCCUCAUUAAAAUCAGAUCUUUAACCCUGAUACAAUACCUCUCUGGGUGAAGAUCAGAGGACAACUCCGUAGGUCAUGUCAGGUGAACUUUCUAAUCAUCCAAUCAGCGUUGAGGCUUCUAAAUGUUUGAUAAGAGUGAGAUAAGCAUUUGUACCUGCAUACCCAAUUUCUGAUUUCUGUAUCUGAAGAUGGAGUAAAUAAAUUUGUUCCGAGUGUAAAUGAUAAAUGUUGCAGCAUUAUAUAUCAUUGUUGAUAUUUUAUUCACCCUGUCGUAUCUCAGCGCCAUGGCAUCUUUAACCAUAAAAGGAUUACCUUCAAAGGAAUGUUUGCAUUCUGUGGGGUUUGUUUUGCUAAAAUCGAAUUUCUGAAUCAAGAUGGUGUAUAAAUGAAACCAAAUCCUUUCAGAAAGCUCACAUCUGAUUUCUCCUAGAACCCAUGAUUUCUUCAUUUAGAUUGGGCACACAAAGUUCUGUCCUGUCUGUCGAGACCUUCUAUAGAGGUGUCCUCAGAUCGUGAUGCAUAGAAGCGUGGUAUUGGAGUAAAAGAUCAGAUUUAGAUGAGACUGUAAUGAGUGCAUUACAUUUUGGCUGAAAUGUAUGCUAUACCCACUGAAAUCUUUUUCGAGGAAGACAAGAGGUAGGGUAGCCUUGUGAUAAAAUCAUUUGCUUGCAUGAUGAAGAUCCUGCUUUGAAGUUUGCACAAUAUGUGAAACCCUGAUGUGGUCUUUCUGGAAUAUUGCUUAAAGACUUGCUCAUUCUUGCAGAUUACUGUGGAUUGUUCUACACUGGACUCUGGGCUGAAGCUGACACUCAGGUCCAUUCAGGAUAUAUAGAUAGAGUUACAGUGCUAAAGAAGGGAUGUAGGUUUCACUGCCUGGACGAUAAAGGCCUUGAGUAUUGCAAACAAGGGACAAUCUCAUUACUCUUUUAUUUUUAAUGACUAGAACAUUAAAAGUGGCAAAAUGUAUAUUCAGGCAAGCACAAACAAAAUACCAUUUGAUAAAAAAACCUGUUUCUGUUAGAAUUACAUGGAUGCUUUUAUAGACUGACUUCAUGAAAAUGAAUAGUGUACUGUAGGUACAUCUAUAUUCACAACAUUUUAUAUGGGUAUUAAUUUUACCUGGAUGAACGGUUCACUGUCUGUUUGGGUUGUCUGGUAUAGAGAAAUGACAGACAGAGGGCUGUGAUCAAAUACAGCUGUGACCGUGGUGUUAUUGCUGUAACCAUGGUGGUAUUGCUGAACAUGCUGCAAAAUCCCAUUCACUCAUAAAUAAAAAUAAAAUAAAAAUAAAAACACCAUUGUAAUAUCA